CAGACUGCAAAGAGCGGGAUAGACAGACAGCGAAUAUUUCAGCUACACGUAUUUUGGAACCGCAACAAUCGUCUUUACGCACCUUACGUGUCUGCUUAACUUUGGCGCACGGCUUGGAAGAUUUGCUCUUUGCUCGACUGAACUGUUUUCAUUUUUCAACUUUAUUCCCCAGUUGAAGUUUUUGAGUAUCUUCGCACGGACCUUAAUUGUUGUUGGGAUUUAUCGCUUUAUUUCAAACAAAGUAUCUCGGACUAUUGAGUUUGUGGCAGUGUUUUGAACGGAGCCUAUUGAAGUGACGUCUGGAGCUGCCAUCGCAAUGGGGAAAGCGGGGCUCUUAGUGUAAGCGACCCCGUGUUUGUGACUCUUUCAUGUUGAUUUUAAAUAGACAGUGACUCGUUUUGUGACUACAACCAUGGGCCUGGAUGGUUGUCCUCUAAAGGUGGUGGUCUUUCUGUGGUGUUCGCUGGUGAUUUCUGGCUCCACUUUUGAGAUUGGCUCCUACGACUUGGAGCGAGACAGACCAGCGAAGUGCGAACCAAUCGUGAUCCCCAUGUGCCAGGGGAUCGGCUACAAUCUGACCCGCAUGCCCAACUUCAUGGACCACGAUGACCAGAAAGAGGCUGCAAUCAAGCUGAAUGAGUUUGCUCCUCUUGUGGCUUAUGGCUGCGACGUGCACCUCCGCUUUUUCCUCUGCUCCCUGUACGCCCCCAUGUGCACGGACAAAGUGUCAACCUCCAUCCCCGCCUGCAGACCCAUGUGCGAGCAGGCGCGGGAGAGAUGCGCCCCCAUUAUGAAGAAGUUCAGCUACACCUGGCCGGACUCCCUGAACUGUUCCAGGUUGCCCACCAGGAACGACCCCAAUGCGCUGUGCAUGGAAGCGCCAGAGAACGAGACCAGAGUGGUGGAGGGCAAGAAAGGCGAGGGCAUGCUUCCUAUGCCACCUCGCCCCCGGCAACCUGGUACCAACACUAAUCGCUCUCCAGGCAGCAUGGGCUCCUGCGAAAACCCAGACAAGUAUCAGUUUGUUGAGAAGAGUCAGUCCUGUGCCCCCCGGUGCUCUCCUGCUGUGGAUGUUUUCUGGUCAAGACAGGACAAGGACUUUGCGUUUAUCUGGAUGACUGUGUGGUCCAUUCUCUGUUUUGUCUCCACAGCAUUCACUGUCCUGACUUUCCUUCUGGAGCCGCACCGCUUCCAAUACCCAGAGCGGCCCAUCAUCUUCCUCUCUAUGUGCUACAAUGUCUACUCAGUGGCUUUUAUAAUCCGCUCUGUGGCUGGUGCUGAAAAUAUAGCCUGUGACCGAGAACACGGAGAGCUCUACAUCAUCCAGGAAGGGCUGGAGUCCACAGGGUGCACUAUUGUCUUCCUCAUCUUGUACUACUUUGGCAUGGCCUCAUCUAUCUGGUGGGUCAUUUUAACCCUCACCUGGUUUUUGGCAGCAGGGAAAAAGUGGGGUCAUGAGGCCAUAGAAGCUCACAGCAACUACUUUCACAUGGCAGCAUGGGGCAUCCCUGCACUGAAGACCAUCAUCAUCCUCACUAUGAGGAAGGUAGCAGGGGACGAGCUCACAGGACUGUGCUAUGUGGGCAGCAUGGACUCUGGGGCAUUGACAGGUUUUGUCCUUAUACCUCUGUCCUGUUACCUGGUCAUUGGAACCUCUUUCAUCCUCACAGGCUUUGUGGCUCUAUUUCAUAUUCGCAAAGUGAUGAAAACAGAGGGCACCAACACAGAGAAACUUGAGAAGCUCAUGGUAAAAAUUGGCAUCUACUCCAUCCUGUACACUGUGCCAGCCACGUGUGUGAUAGUCUGCUACUUCUAUGAAAGGCUCAACAUGGACUACUGGAAACUCCGAGGGCUUCAAAUGAAGUGUGGCUCCUUUAACAGCCAUCACAGUGACUGCUCACUGCAGAGCUCAGUGCCCACAGUGGCAGUGUUCAUGCUGAAGAUCUUCAUGUCUCUGGUGGUGGGCAUCACCAGUGGAGUGUGGGUGUGGAGCUCCAAGACCCUGCAGACCUGGCAGGGCCUGUGCAGCAGGAAGCUGGCUGAUAGGACUACGAACAGAAAGCCAUGCAACAGUGUGAGCUGUAGCAGCACGCAGUGCCACUACAAGUCUCCAGCUGUGGUCCUGCACAUGGCUAAGACUGAGCUGCACUCAGACAACCCCACACAUGUCUGAGUGAUGCAGGGGAAGCAUUCAGGUACACGCUGCUCUGUGAAGGGACAAACUCAAAGACUUGGUGAAUUAAACUGUUAUUCUGCUGCAGCCAUGGAGGAACAGGCAUCAGUAUGAGAAGCUAUUACAGUAUUUUUUUGCAUCAGUGUUCAGUAUUGUUAUGCAUAUUUUCUGUUCCAUGUGGUUUUGUGCAGUAGACAGUCCCAGUGUAGCAAAAAAGAAAAUAUUCUUUAUAAAGGGAGGUAUAAUUGGA